CCCAGCUGGUUGCCCCUCUCUCUUCUGAGAUGUCAGGAAGGAGGGAGCCACCUGUGUCCUCCGCAAGGGCCCCCGGGAAUCUGGGGGCCCCCAGCCCCAGAGCUCGGAGGUGGAGGAGGUGCUGACAGGUGCUCCAAGAGAUGCUCCCCCUCCCCUCAUGCUCCCUCCCCAUCCUCCUCCUCUUCCUCCUCCCCAGUGUCCCAAUGGAGCCCCACCCCCCACCCUCACCACUGCCCCCUUUUCUAGCCCCUGAAUGGGACCUCCUGUCCCCCCGAGUAGCCCUGUCCAGGGGUGCCCCUGCUGGGCCCCCUCUGCUCUUCCUGCUGGAGGCCGGGGCCUUUGGGGAGCCAGCAGGCAUCCUAGCCAACCGCAGUCGACGCGGGGUGAGCGAGACAGCACCAGCAAGUCGCCGGGGCGAGCUGGCCGUGUGCGAUGCCGUCAGCGGCUGGGUGACAGAUCGCCGGACAGCUGUGGACUUGCGUGGACGCGAGGUGGAGGUGCUGGGCGAGGUGCCUGCAGCUGGCGGCAGUCCCCUCCGCCAGUACUUCUUCGAGACCCGCUGCAAGGCUGAUGGCACUGAGGAAGGUGGCCCAGGUGGGGGUGGAGGAGGCUGCCGGGGUGUGGACCGGAGGCACUGGGUGUCCGAGUGCAAGGCCAAGCAGUCCUAUGUACGAGCGUUGACCACUGACGCCCAGGGCCGUGUGGGCUGGCGAUGGAUUCGAAUUGAUACUGCCUGCGUCUGCACACUCCUCAGCCGGACUGGCCGGGCUUGAGGCCCAUGCCCAGGAACUGGUCAGGCAGAGACAGACAGAGCUGGAUGCUGAGGGACCUCACAGGUGGCCUGGUUGCUUCAAGGGCCUCAGUUUGGGAACUUGUCAAAAUGAUCACAAAAUCACAGCUUUCUGAUUUUGAGAGCUCAAUUUGUGCAGGAUGGACGAUGAAACUAAAUGAGGUUUUGAAGGAUGAAUAGGAGUUCUCCUGGAGGAAUUUGAGGAUAAUAAUGAUGAUGGUAACAAUAAU